AUGCCGGACAGCGAUUCCGAGUGGCUCACCGUGGACGAGGACGAACUCGAGCCCAUGUUCGUCUACAAGGACCCAGACUCUGAGGUGGUUGGGAAGGAAAGCAGCAAGUAUGCGGGGCUCGUACGCACAAACAUGGAGUUGGAGAAGCGCCCCGUUAUGGGGCACUGUCCGUUUGAUAGUCUCAUGGACUUCCGCAAAGAUAGCCGGGUUUUCGUCGCGCUGCAGGGGGUCGGCGCAACGAAAGCGAGAAUCAAGGAGGUCCAGCCGCGAGGCGUCUACGUUGUCAAGUACCGGACAUAUUUUGGUGGUCCCUUGCUGGAAACCAUGGUGCACGCCAAGGAUAUGCGAUUACAGACCCGCGAGCUCCGCCCCAAUCAGAAAUGCACCGGUAGGAUCCAAGAGAUGGACGAUCAGCUUGCCAUUAUCGACAUGGGUACGGAAGCCUAUGGCAAGCUGAGCUUGAGGGAGGUUCCGGAGGAUCUCUAUGUUGGGCAGGAAGUUGAGGUGAGGAUUGUGCGAAUCCACCAAAUGGACCAAAGCAUUCAGGUCGCUUGGGCUGGAGAGCGGCGGCGGCCUGCAAGGGGUCAGGGGGGUGCAGUUGAUCGACGGCCGAUCAGGAUGAAGAUGAGAUUCAAUGCCUUCGCAGACAUUCCGACCACACAGUGGCUGCAGGGGAAGGUGGUAUCUUUGAUGGAGUACGGAGCGAUGGUGCGUGUCUGGCUGGAUGAAGAGAAGUUUGCAGACGGCCUCGUCCACAAGACGAGCUUCCGGGACGGGCCGGUAGAGGAUGUGGCCAGCGAGCUGGUUUUGGGACAGGCAGUGCGGGUUCGGGUGAAGAGGUUAGAUCUGGUGAAGCAGCAGCUAGAGUUCACCAUGUACAACUAUGUGCCCACCACCAAGUCUGCGCUCAAUGUCUUUGCCGCAAUGCCACAGGAUCGCUGGCUGAAAGGAAAGGUGCGGAAGCUCAUGCCCUUCGGUCUCUUUGUCACCGUGCAGGCAGAUGGUGCGCAGGCAGAUGGUCUGGUGCAUGUGAGAAAUGCGAAGGAGGGGUUCCUGCCGAAGUUGGAAGAUGAGUUCUAUGUCGGCCAGGAGGUGGAUGUGCGCGUGGAGUACGUCGACCUGCAACAAGAGAAGAUGGGUCUGACGAUGCUCGGGCUGAAGGCGGCGAGUAGCAAACCCGAGGCUCCGUAG